AUGUCUUCCCGUUUCCCUUCAACACCACUCGCUGAACCACUGCUUUUUGAGUUCAGCCGGAAGAUAGCCCCCAAUCGGUUCUUAAAGGCAGCAAUGACGGAGAAGCUCAGUUCCUGGCAUCCUCAAGAAGAGGAGAUCCGAGGCAUACCCUCCCCCGAGAUUCACAAUGUGUACCAGCGAUGGGGGGAAGGGAAUCUUGGACACAUUCUGACGGGCAACAUUAUGUUGGCAUACGACCAGCUUGAAGCGCCUGGCAAUCUCAUUAUUCCCACUGAUGCUCCGUUCGACGGACCAAGGUUUGAUGCGUUCGCAAAACUGGCUACUGUCGCCAAGGCAUAUGGCAGUCUCAUCACCGGGCAGGUCACGCACCCGGGACGACAAGUCGACCGAAGAAUCCAACCUCAACCUCUCUCCGCGAGCGACGUUCAACUCGAAGGCAGAGUUCUCGGCAUCGAGUUUGCGAAGCCACAUCCUGCUUCCCAGGAAGAGCUGGAUGAAGUUGUACGCAGCUUCACGUUUGCAGCGUCUUACCUAGACCGGGCUGGGUUUGACGGAAUUGAACUGCAAGGUGCCCACGGUUAUUUGCUAUCGCAGUUUCUAUCGCGAAGCACAAACCUCCGGACCGAUGACUACGGAGGCAGCCUAAGAAAUCGUGCUCGCCUAAUCAUGGACAUCGCCCGCUCCAUUCGGGCAAAUACACCAGCAGGAUUCAUCAUGGGUAUCAAAAUCAACAGCGUCGAAUUUCAGUCCAACGGGUUCACAGUGGAUGAGGCAAGAGAGCUCUGCAGCAUGCUUGAAGAGGCAACGUUUGACUUUGUCGAACUGAGCGGCGGAACCUACCAGUCCAUGGCAUUCAAGCAUGAACGCGAGUCGACAAGGAAGAGGGAGGCAUUCUUUCUAGACUUUGCAGACAUGAUUGUCUCACAAUUACGGAAGACGAAAACUUACGUCACUGGAGGCUUUAAAACGUUGGGCGGGAUGCUAGAGGCAUUGAAAACAGUUGACGGUGUUGGUGUUGGUCGAGCGGUCUGCCAGGAAUUCAGUUUAGCUAAAGAUAUGCUAAGCGGUAGCAUCUCCGCUGCUGUCAACCAAAAGGCAGCCAGAUACGACAGGUUGGCAAAGGGAAAGAGCCGAUUGACAUGA